AUGGCCAUCAUCAACGAUGAAGGUACCCAUUUUGGUAGCAAGCAAUUGAAGAACCUCUUGAGUAGAUAUGGAGUGAAGCAUAAGAUUGCUACAGCAUACCACCCACAAACCAGUGGGCAAGUAGAAAACUCAAACAGGGAGAUAAAGGGGAUCUUGGAGAAGGUGGUCAACCCGAAUCGGAAAGAUUGGUUGCUGAGGUUGGAAGAUGCUCUAUGGGCAUACAGAACAGCAUUCAAAAUGCCACUAGGAAUGUCUCCAUUCCGAUUAGUCUUUGGGAAGGCAUGUCACCUAGCGGUGGAAUUGGAACACAAGGCGUACUGGGUAGUGAAACAGUUGAACAUGGACCUCCAACUAGCAGGAGAGAAGCGUUUAUUGCAGUUGAAUGAACUGGAGGAAUUCCGACUGUUUAAGCUAUUUCCAGGGAAACUGAAGUCUAGAUGGUCAGGUCCCUUUGUGGUAAAUCAAGUCUACCCACAUGGAGCAGUGGAGAUUGCGGCAGCAAACUCUGGGAGAGCCAUUAAAGUGAACGGCCAGCGACUCAAACACUACUGGGGUGAUGAGAUUAAUCACCAGAAAAUCUCAAUUUCACUUCAAGAUGCAUAA